AUGGUGGGAAUCACCCUCUCAGUGGCGGACAAAUUGCGUAUAGCGGAGCUCUUAGAGGAUCUCGGGGUUGACUAUAUCGAAGCAGGCUGGCCGGGAUCCAAUCCCAAGGACGCUGAGUUCUUCCAGCGCUGGAAAGCCCGGGAGGCGGCACGGGAGGGGAUUGACAGGUUGACUGCAGCGGGAGGUGACAGUAACGAGGGGGAGAGGAGGCGGACGAAGCUGGCCGCGUUUGGAGCGACUCGUUAUAAGAACACGACGUGCGAGAAGGACGCGAAUGUUCAGGCGCUGGUGGAGAGUGGGGCGCCCGUGAUCACCCUCGUGGCCAAGGCGUGGGACGCCCAAGUGCUGAAAGUGCUGGAAGCAAUGCUAGAGGAGAACCUGGCGAUGAUUGAAUGCACAGUUUCUCGUUACAUCACAGGCGUGGGACGCCCAGGUGCUGAAAUUGCUGGAGGCGACACUAGAGAGGAAUCUGGCGAUGAUAGAGGACAUGGUGCGCUUGUCCCCCCUCCCCACGAACCCCAUUCCCACCAGGCGUGGGACGCCCAGGUGCUCAAGGUGUUGGAGGUAACCCUGGAGGAGAACUUGGCGAUGAUAGACGACACGGUGCGCUAUUUCACGGCCAUGGACCUGUUUUCUCCCAUCCCCCUAUCACCCUCUUUGCAUCGCCAGGCGUGGGACGCUCAGGUGUUGAAGGUGCUGGAGGCGACAUUGGAGGAGAAUCUGGCGAUGAUAGACGACACAGUGCGCUACUUCACGGCCAUGGGCCGUCACGUCAUGCUGGACGCAGAGCAUUUCUACGACGGCUUCUCCGCCAACCCUCACUUUCUCUUUGUUGACCUCCUCACUAGUGUCACCUUCUCUUUUGUCCCUUUCGCCCUCCCUGGUCUCGUUCAAGCCAGUCCUCUCUUUCAGCCCCUGCUCUCCUACUUCCUUGCCCUCUCCCCCCACUCUUGCUGUCAUGCCCCCAUGCCCCUUGCCCUCUUCUCCCCCCUUGGCAGCGAGUAUUCGAUGCAGUGUGUGCGGGCGGCAGCAAGGGCGGGUGCGAAGGAGAUUGUGCUGUGUGACACUAACGGGGGCUCCAUGCCAUGGCGCGUGCAUGUCACCGCUAUCGGCAUCCUGCAGGUGAAGCUGGGGUGCGAGUGCCUGCCUCGGGAUUCGCUCGCCCGGCUGGCGGAGAUCUCCGCGGAGAUUGCGCGGGUGGCGGGCCAGCCGCCCAACCCCGCCCAGCCGUUUGUGGGCGCCAACGCGUUCGCCCACAAGGGGGGGAUCCACGUUGCUGCUCUCAGAAAGGUGCGCGUUGUGGGUGAGGUGGUUGCUUGGGUAGGGCACAUGUCAGCCCCGCACGGCCGUUUGCGGUCGCCAACCAACGCGUUCGCCCACAAGGGGGGGAUCCACGUUGCUGCUCUCAGAAAGAUGCCUGAGAGCUACAACCACUGCGAUCCCUCUCUCGUGGGCAACGCCAUGCGAUCAGUGGUCUCAGAUUUAUCUGGGCGGGGCAACAUUCUGGAGAAGGCAGAGCGGGCGGGGCUGGACCUGGGCAGGGAGGAGGCGGGGCAGGUGUUGGCGCGGAUCAAGCAGAUGGAGGCACGGGGGUUCGCCUUUGAGAAUGCCGCUGCUUCUGUUGACAUGCUGAUUGUGCGGCGAGGGGCGCGCUACCAGAUCCCUGCAGCGGAGGGCAACGGACCAGUCGACGCCCUCAACCAUGCCCUGCGGGCGUCGUUGGAUCCCCACUUCCCCCAGCUAUCCCAAGUAGAGCUGGUGGACUACCGAGUGCGCCUGCUAGAACCCACAGAGAGGCGCAGCGGCACCAUGUCCACCACUCGGGUCACCAUCGACUUCUGUGAUAAGAGCACAGGAGCCACCUGGACCACGAGGCGCAGCGGCACCAUGUGUGCAGUGCGGUGCAGCACGGUGUUGGGUGUUGUGUUGGUACGAUGGGAGAGGCGCAGCGGCACCAUGUCCACCACUCGCGUCACCAUCGACUUAUGUGAUAAGAGCUUCGGGGCCACGUGGACCACGAGGCGCAGCGGCACCAUGUCCACCACGCGGGCCACCACCGACUUCUGUGAUAAGAGCUCAGAGGCCACGUUGACCACGGCAGCGGCACAAUGUCCACCACUCGGGUUACCAUUGUCUUCUGUGAUAAGAGCACAGGAGCCACGUGGCACCAUGUCCCCCACGCAGGUCCCCCUUAUCUCCUCCCCUCCUCCCCCUCCCCUUCUCUCCCCUUCCCUCGCCGCUCUCCCACCAGGUGGGAGCACACUCAUCCAUCGUGGAGGCCAGUUUCCGCGCGCUCAUAGACGGACUGGAAUUCGGCAUCGUCAACUGCAACGAGGUACUGACUUGUGA